AUGUUACAGAAGGAUUUGCUAAAAGAUUACAAUAAAUAUACGAGACCUGUACGAAAUAUAAAUACAAGUGUAUUUAUUGAUGUACAUGCAUCUCUAAAUAGACUUUAUGAUUUCAAUGCAUUUAAAGGAAUACUCGUUGGAGAAGUAUAUAUUAUACUGCGCUGGGAAGAUGAAUAUCUUUUCUGGAACAAAACGGAAUAUGGAAACGCAGAAAGUAUCAUUUUACCUAAGACUAAAAUAUGGACACCAAAUGUUUACAUAUGUAAUGCUAUCAAACUCAUUGGCAAUCAUCGUUAUGAACGUCAGGUUACGGUAUGGCAGAAUGGAGUAGUAGAAGAAGAAUCGUUUUAUACAUACCAACUAUUCUGUGGCGUUGACAAUUCUCGAUAUCCGUUUGACGUACAAAAUUGCCCCACGUAUAUAUGCCUACCUUAUCAAAUGAACAACUUAACACUGAUUAAAUCACUUCGAACGGAUCCAGUAAAAAAUAUGGAAGGAUGGCAUAUUCACACGAGUACUGAACCGCCGAUAACAUACAAUGAUCAAGAAUACGCAACUUUAUCAAUACGGUUAACUCGCACAGCUGUUAUUAGCAGAUUAAUUAUCAUUUUACCGCCGAUCAUGCUGACGAUUUUAAUAACAUGUGCGUUUUUCUUACCAGCAUCUGCAGGAGAAAAAGUAACAUUUUCAACAACUGUUUUUCUUUCUAAUAUGGUUUAUUUAAUCGACAAUACUAGCUUACUAUCAAAUGAAGAAGAGAAAAUGUGUUUGUUCCUGUUGUACCUAAUGGGGCUGACAAUCAUGGGAGGAUUUUCAUGCAUUAGUUCGAUUUUGCUAAGUAGAGCCUAUAUUUAUCAGAAUGUACCGAGUACAACUUCGAAAAUUAGUCCAAUACCAGCAGCAAUAACAGAGAACGAAUCGAAAAUAAUUACUCAGAACACAAAAUAUUCCUUACAAAGAAUAUCAUCAUUAAAAGAGGGCAACAUCUCUGUGAAUGGAAUGACACGAUGGGAAAAACUAGACAGAUUCUUUUUUGUUCUGUCAACCACAAUAUUUAUGACAAUAACUUUGACUUUUGCCAUACUUUAUUCUCAAUGA